UGCUCCAUCUUUUCGUAGCUGCGCUGACAUUGUGAUAGCAAUUUAAGCUGUUCCUUCAUCGGAUUUAACCAUGUUACCUAAGUCACCUCUUGGGAUUGCUGCUGCCGGUGUAGGGAUAUGUUUUUUAGGUUAUUGCAUUUAUUUUGAUCACAAAAGAAGGAGCGACCCAUCAUUUAAACAGAAACUUCGUGAAAGACGAGAGAAGCAGCGUCAGAAUGCCAAAAAACGACCUAAUCCACUUCCUCCAAUGAAUAGCCCUCUGGAAAUGCAGAAAUUUUUCUUACAAGAAGUUCAUAACGGUGAAGAAUUAUUAGGUCAAGGCGAUAUUAAUGGAGGAAUAGAGCAUCUCAGUAAUGCUGUUGCUGUCUGUAGUCAGCCUCAUCAGUUGCUCCAAGUACUACAGCAGACACUUCCAGGCCAUGUAUUCCAGAAGCUAUUAGAGCAACUACCAACUGUAACACAACGUUUUGCAGAUAGUAACUCAGCUGAAUCCUCAAGCAAAGUGACAGAAGAGGAACUGGAAUAAGUUAAACCUCAGGAAUUUAUAUUUGUCUUCUCUGUUAAGCAUGAUGUUUGUGAACCAUACAAACCAAAUGCACACACUAAUGUGAAAAAAAUAUGUACCCCAAAAAAACAUUGCUGUAGUAGCCAUUGGCUAUUUAUUAUCUAUCUAUUCAUCAUACCUCCUUCAUGAAAUAACUUGAGGUAACUCAGUUAUCAUAAAUCAAAUAUUUGUUGACAUGCUGGCCAUAGCAUUUCUAAACCUUUUGUCUAAGAAUAAAAGACUUCACAAAUUUGA